AUUAUUCAUCUCGACUGUGAUUUCUACUCAGCUUUUGUGUUAAUUUGAUAACAAUUGAACUGUUUGAUAACAAUUUUCUAAUUGCUAUAACUAUGAAACGAGAUGUAGCUUACUAAUAACAUCAUCUAGCCUGACAGCUGCAUUUAUAUGUCAACGCCCAGCGAGUGAUGCAUUUCGUAAUUUAAGUUUAAAAGUGUUGUUUGAUAGUACAAAACAAGUAAGUCUUUGUUGUAUUACGUUUUUUUUAUUAGGACCAAUAUGUGUCACCGUUGCCUGGUCUUGUGGUAUCGUUAAAAAUAAGUGAUAUUGUUUUUGGACGUAAACAAAGUGAUUUUUAGUUGAAAAUUGAACAUUUUUACGUGAAGGUCGAUUUAAGAGGUCAGGAUGUCGCAGCCGCAUUACAGAGAGGCGGCCGAGUCGCUGCUAAGUAGUGUAAGCCCACACCAUCGGACGCUAAGACUGAUUCCAGCUCACUCCACGUCACUGAACUUGGUGUCCGAAGAUCUGGUGGCCGGACACAGGCCGCAGGGGAAGAUGUCUACAGUCAGGCGAUUCUUCUGUCUGUUUGUCACUUUUGAUCUACUAUUCACUAGCCUUAUGUGGUUAAUAUGUGUUAUGAUGCGAGGUGAAACUUUAGAGCAAAUAAUGAAUUCUGAAAUAGUGCAUUAUAAUGUUAAGACAUCGCUGUUCGAUAUAGUGAUGGUGGCUGUCUGUCGGUUUGUCGUCCUACUUCUGUUCUACGCUGUACUCUAUAUUAAUAAUUGGAGUAUUAUUGCGUUAUCGACAGGGUGUACGUGUGCCUUGUUAAUAGCAAAAGUAUUUGUGUUUGAUUGGCCUAAUGCCGUGCAGCCGGUGUAUGAGGUGUUCCUAAUCCUAACAUCGUUCACCCUGGCGUGGGGGGAGGCGUGGUUCCUGGACUUCAGGGUGCUGCCUCAGGAGUUACAGGCGAAACAGAUACUGGAGUCUAUAGUCCACCACAACACCUCCGAACGAACUCCGCUCCUGCAGGCCCAAGUUCCGUAUGCAAGUCAGUCCAACUAUGCAGAGUCCACCGUCAAGUGGUUCUCUCCAGUCGAGACUCCGGAGUCCAGUCCACGGCCCAGACGGCCUGGUGAACAGGUCAUCUUGACCCAGGAACAGAUAGACGAAUAUAAAGCGCAGGCGCAUGAAAGCAUGCAGAAUGCGUGGCGUAUAGUGAACCUGUCAAACUGGAGCGUUGAGAAGAAGGGCGCCAAGGGGGACCUCGUCGAGUCCAAGAAGACUGAACAGUUCGGGAAGGUUUAUAGGUUUACUGGUAUAGUGGAAGCUCCUCCCAAGUUUUUGUACGAAGAGUUCAAGGACAACAUUACCAAGCUACCUGAAUGGAACCCUACCAUAUUAAAGAGUGAACUUAUAAAGGAAGUAGGUCCAGGCGUAGACCUGUCCUACCAGGUGACAGCCGGCGGUGGCCGUGGUAUCAUUGCUCCUCGCGACUUCGUGAUACUUCGAUGCACUGCGCCACUGAACAAGGAAGGGCAGGUCGUGACGACAGACCCGUACAGCUACAUUAGUAGUGGAGUCAGUGUUACCGUGCCUGGAUAUCCACCGCAUAGGGAUCUUGUCAGAGGUCAAAACAAGGUGGGUUGUUGGUUCCUAAAGCCCCGUACAGUACAGACGCCGGGCGGCAAGAUAGAAACACACACCGUCUUUCAAUGGCUCAUGUGUUGCGAUCUCAAAGGUAAAAUACCUCAGUUCGUGUUAGACGCAGCGUUCGCAACAGUAAUGUUAGACUACAUAGUACACGUCAGGAAAUUCGCAGCCGAAGCCAAAGAGCAGGGCAGGUUUUAACCAACCAUUAUCAACGAGCAACCAGCCGUUAUGCUGUAACCACUCAUUUUAUAAUCAGUGGUUUCCACAACCACUCGUUUUUGAUAGGGCUUCCAAUCGCGCGUCUCUAUACAGUAUUUGCUGGAUUAUUGAUUUUCAGAAGUUUCUAUUGUGAUUUUUUAACUGUAUAUUAAGUUUAAAGCAAUGUUUUUUUAUACCAUUUUAAUCGAAAAUAAAUCUAUUUAUAAAUAUACAACUUUUGUUUUUAAAGUAGUCAACAAAGUGCAGUAAUCGAAUCGGGUUUUUAACAGAAAGACAAUGAAUUUCUUUUUAUUUUUGCUUUUAUAAAAGCAUAACAAAGAGAUUUCAGUAGAAUCAUUGAUUUUUAUUUGUAAUGAAAUGGCAUGUGUUAUCAAGAACCAUAGAAACACUGCUGUGGAAUCAAUCGAAGACGCCAUCCUAGCUUCAACACUAACUUUUGGUCAGAUAAGCAGACGUCAAUUUUAAGACGCUCUCAAGAAUAUUUCUGUCACUACAAAUUCUUCGUAAAAUGACAGACAGCACGACAUUAAGUACAAGUUAAAAUUACAUAAAUAUCAUUUCAAUAUUAAUUGUAAAUGAUAAAGAUUUGAACCGUGUUCAUCUAUGUUUGUAUCUGAAGACAAAGUUCAUUCCAAGUCUCUUUAUAUAUUCGUCUUUAUGCCACUUUUUAUCCAGCGAACCCCGCAGGAUCCUGUAUGCUUGGAUGAUCGUGCUCUAUCCCGAUUUAACGCGACUGGAAGCCCUAUUUUUGAACUCUAUUUGAACCUUCCGUUAACAAGUUUAUACUUUAAUGGUUUUUCAUGGUUUAUUUAACCUAAGCUACAAAGUCAUUUUAUGAAUGGAGCUUCCAUUUGCUAAGGCAUUGAAACCAUUAGCUUAAGAAUUUGCUUCAGGUUAUAUGAGGUAACCAAAGGUUAACAGUAACCAAUCAUUAAUAACCAACGUUUUUAGUGGCUUAAGAAAAACUAUUUGACUGAUAAGUCCAUGCUUUAAACGUAUAAAAUGAAUGGAUUUUUUAAGAGCAACCAUGUACCAACUAAUUGAAGCUUGGGUUUUUUUGUAACCCGUUGCUAACAACCAGCUGUUAAGAAUGUAUUUUUAAGGAUAGUUAAGUAAGAAUAGCAAAUAAUAAAUUAAGUACUGAUUGUAAUUAUUAUUAAUUUUUAUUGUACAAUAAAUAAUAUGAAAUCCUU